AGGCGGCCCUCACCAUUUUCUAAUCAUCCCCAGUUCGAUUUGCUGUUGAAGAGAGUAGCAAUGGCGGUCGGAUUUGCAAUUGGAACAGAAAAAGUGGCAUACACCGGGAAGAUGACGACAUUCGUCGUUGUCUCUUGUAUGAUGGCCGCCAUGGGAGGAUUCAUCUUUGGUUACGAUAUUGGAAUAUCAGGUGGGGUAACCUCAAUGGAGUCAUUUCUCAAGAAAUUCUUCCCGGAAGUUUACCGGAAAAUGAAAGACGACACCAAAAUAAGCAACUAUUGCAAGUUCGACAGCCAACUCCUCACUACCUUCACCUCUUCCUUGUACGUCGCCGGUCUAAUCGCCUCUUUUUUCGCCUCCGCCGUCACCAAGGCCUUCGGCCGGAAACCCUCCAUUCUAUUCGGCGGCGCCGCCUUCCUCGCCGGAGCUUCUCUGGGUGGAGCCGCUUCCAAUAUCUACAUGUUGAUUUUUGGACGGAUUUUGCUUGGAGUUGGCGUUGGUUUUGCUAACCAGUCAGUCCCGUUAUAUCUAUCAGAAAUGGCACCAUUCAGCUACAGAGGAGCAAUUAACAACGGGUUCCAACUCUGCGUUGGACUUGGAGUGCUAGCUGCAAAUUUAAUCAACUAUGGAACAGAGAAGAUAAAGGGCGGUUGGGGAUGGAGAAUUUCUCUAGCCAUGGCGGCAGUCCCGGCCUCCAUUCUCACAGUUGGAGCCUUCUUCCUCCCGGAAACACCCAACAGCAUAAUCCAACGUAGCCACGACCAUCAAAAGGCAAGAACCAUGCUCCAAAAGAUAAGAGGGACAGAAGACGUCCAGCUCGAGCUCGACGAUCUAAUCAAAGCCAGCGAUUCAUCCAAAACCGCCGAUAACCCAUUCGUUCAAAUAGUCCGAAGAAAAUACAGGCCCCAGCUGGUGAUGGCGGUUGCGAUCCCUUUUUUCCAACAGGUGACGGGAAUCAACGUGAUAGCUUUCUACGCCCCUGUUCUGUUCAGGACGAUGGGUAUCGGGGAGAGCGCGUCGUUGAUGUCGGCGGUUGUAACGGGUGCUGUCGGGAUUGUGACGACUCUUUUGUCGAUGAUGGUGGUGGAUAGGGUGGGUCGGAGAACGCUAUUAAUCUACGGCGGUUUGAUAAUGUUGGUGUCGCAAAUUAUGGUGGGGAGUGUAUUGUGGGUUAAGUUAGGUGAUCAUGGAGGGCUGUCGAAAGAGUAUUCGGUGGUGGUUUUGGUUUUGAUUUGUAGCUAUGUGGCUGGGUUUGGGGUUUCGUGGGGUCCGUUGGGAUGGUUGAUCCCGAGUGAGAUCUUCCCGCUUGAGAUAAGAUCGGCGGGACAGUGUAUUAAUGUGGCGGUUAAUUUUUUCUUUACUUUCAUAGUGGCGCAGCUUUUUCUGUCCAUGUUGUGCCAUCUUAAGGCCGGAAUCUUCAUAUUUUUCGGGGGAUGGGUGGCGGUGAUGACUGUUUUUGUGUGGUUUUUAUUGCCGGAGACGAAAGGGGUGCCGAUUGAGCAAAUGGAGAAAGUAUGGAGGGACCAUAAGUUUUGGAGAACCAUUGUUGGAGAGGACGACUAUUGACUAUGCUUUCUACUAAACUUUUAUUUUUUUAAAAUGAAAUUCUAUUAUUUAGGUAAUGUUUUUAUGCUUUUUGUAUUGUUAGAGUUGAAUGUAAUAUUUGUUUAUAUUAAGAUUCUUUAUA